AUGAUGAAUGAGUUCAACAAGAAUUCAAAGAAGCUAUUCGAUACUGCCAUUCAGGAUUACAUUCAAGCUGAUCAUCAUCAUCACCAAGAAGACUCACAAGUUGAACUUCAAUUCGAACUCGAUCAAGAACUUUCAUCAAAUCAAUCAAUCGAUGAAGACUAUCAAAUCAACCUGAUCCAAUCCAAUCAGCACUUGUUAUCUCAACUGAAACAUCAAACAUUCGAUUCUGAUUUGAUAUCACCCAAUGAGUUUAUGAAUUGGUUAAAAAUCACCAUCUCACCAUAUCAAUCUCAACAACAAGAACCUUUAAAUCUCAAUGAAAUCAUAAAGAUCAUUCAAUCAGAUCAAUCUCAAGAUUUGAAAUCAAAUCAAUUAUUAGAUUUAUUAGGAUUUCAUUAUUUAUCUCUCAUCGAACCUGUCAUCUCGAAUCAAUCAUUAAUUAAAGAACAGGAUUCAUCAUCUCAUCGAAUCAAUCAUCAUCAAAACAACCAAUAUCACAAUCACAACCACCAAGAUCUCAUCAAACUAGAAUCAAAACGAGCUGGAACAGAAGAUACCUUUGAUUUACGUCAAUUGAAUCGACUCAAAGCAAGAGCACUCCUUGAAGCUUCUAAUCGUCCACUUUUCACUCAUGAAGGGUUUGUACAAGAAGCGGAAUUCAAUCCGCAUAUCUUCUCUUCAUCAGUUUCAACAAAUCUCAAUCCAACGACGCACAAAUAUGCUUUACCACUUGGUACGACUCGUAUUUCAGAGAAGCUUUACGAGGAAAUCUCAAUUCCACCGGCUCAAAAAGUUCCAAUGAGAUCAGAUGAGCAAUUCAUUGAUAUUUCCGAAUUAGAUCCGAUUGCUCGAGCUUCUUUUCCUGGCUAUAAAUCUUUGAAUAGAUUACAGAGUGCUGUAUUCCCAAUUGCAUAUAAAACAAAUGAGAAUAUGUUGGUUUGUGCUCCGACGGGUGCAGUUCAGUCGUUCUCCUUCAAUGAUCCUUUUCCUUGCCCUCCACGACUUUACUACAGUGGUCUUACUUUUACCAAUAAGCAUAAUUCAACUCAACCCAUAGGUAAAAUUCGUAAUGAUUUCAAAAUUAUUUACGUCGCUCCUAUGAAAGCCUUAGCAGCUGAAAUUGUGGGAAAGAUGGGGAAAAGACUAAGUUGGUUAGGUUUGGUAGUCAAAGAGUUGACAGGUGAUAUGCAACUCACCAAGGCUGAGAUCAAUGCUACACAUUUAAUUGUAACUACACCUGAGAAAUGGGAUGUAGUGACGAGGAAAGCAUCUGGCGAAGAUGAUCUUGUGUCUAAAGUUAGGGUAUUGAUCAUUGAUGAAGUCCAUCUCUUGCAUGAAGAUCGAGGUGCAGUGAUCGAGACUAUCGUUGCACGGACACUACGACAAUUGGCCUGUCGGCUACUUUACCAAAUUAUAUCGAUGUAUCCGAUUUUUUAA